GGGGCGGGGCGGGUACGGAGGCCCAGCGGGGGGCAGCCCGGAGGGCGCGGCGCCAGGUGACAGGUGCGCAGCGGGAGCCUGUAUUUUCAUAUCACAUCACGCCCUGGCAACCGGCGGGCGGUAGCCUAGCAACCGGCCGCCCGCUGCUGGCGGCGACUCAGCUCGGCAGCACCAGGCCGGCUUGUCCAUCCCGCCCCUCGAGUGCCAGUCACUUCCUUGUUUUUAGUUGCUUUCACUCACUUCUCUCUGCGAGGGAGGAGGAUGGCUCCGACGAUCACGGGGCUGCUCAUCAUCGCCCUGUUGAGCUGCGAGGUGUCCAGCGACCACAGAAGGGACUUCCCCGAGCUGCCUGCCCACCGCCUGGAGGUCUUCCAGCAGUUGGCAACUCUCAGGGGCGCUUCCCGGGACAGGAGAGAUGCUCCCCGCCGUCGCCCUGCCCGGCAGGCAGGUUCCUGUGGCACUGACACCUCUGAUCAAGGCGCCCUGGAGCAACAUACCCAUCAGAACACAUUUGAGGAUGAUGAUGGUUCCUCUGUAACAUUAGCUUGGGUUGGAGAUGGAACUGGGAUCAUUCUUGCAAUGACUACUUUCAACUUGCCACUUGCUUGGCUAUUUUUUAGUGGAGCUUCCCGACUGUAUAGAAGUGAAGAUUAUGGGAAAACAUUUACUGAUAUCUCAAAUCUACUCAAGAACUAUUAUAUAAGGAAAGAAUUUGGAAUUAAUGUAGGACCAGAGCAUUCAAAGAAGGUCAUUCUGACAGCUGACGAGUCAAAACAAACAAGACGAGGUGGCAUAAUAUUGCGGUCAUCUGAUUCUGGUCGAUCAUUUCAUUCCAUCCGUCUCCCCUUCCACCCAAGCCUGCCGAUGGUCUAUCACUCCAGCCAUUCAGAUCACCUGCUGGCCUACAGCACUGAUCAUGACCUUUGGCUUUCUCAAAAUUUUGGUGAGACAUGGAAAAAGAUCCAUCAAUUUGUCUACACAUUUUCAUGGGGACCAGGAAGCACCAUUUUUUUCUCAACUCAUCCGAACAAUCUUUAUGACGUAAAUGACAGAGGAAUUCUGGUGCUUAAAAGAACAAUGGAUUUUGGAAAAACGUAUAAAAUACUUCUGACAAAUGUUUACUCGUUUGGCUUUGCUGGCCGCUUCCUCUUUGCCUCUGUAGUCAGUAACCAGACCCAGCCCCGAUCGGUCUAUGUGUCUGCUGAUCAGGGUGAUUCUUGGAAUAAAGCUCAGCUGCCUCCUGUCAGUCAUGAACAGUUUUACUCAAUACUCGCAGCAGACGAUGAAAUGAUUUUCAUACAUGUGGAUGAACCUGGCAAUAAUGGGUUUGGUACAAUUUAUACUUCUGAUGAUCGAGGACUUCUGUUCUCCAAGUCCCUGGAACGUCAUUUGUUUUCAGAUACAAGCGGUACAACAGACUUCACAAAUGUGACGUCACUUCGUGGAGUCUACAUCACUAAUGUACUUGAUGAAGAUAAUAAUAUUCGAUCAGUAAUUACAUUUGACAGUGGAGGAGAGUGGAAGCCUCUGAAAAAGCCAGAUAACAGUCAAUGUGAUGCGACAGCCAAGAAUCCACAGAUGUGUAACCUUCAUAUCCAUGCUGCAUAUAGCAUCUCCCAGACCCUGGAUGUUCCUUUGGCUCCACUCACUGCACCAAAUGCAGUUGGAUUGAUCUUAGCCCAUGGUAGUGUAGGAGAUGCCAUCUCGACAAUGAUUCCUGAUGUAUAUGUAUCAGAUGAUGGCGGAUAUACUUGGUCAAAAGCACUGACUGGACCACACUAUUAUGCCAUUCUUGACUCAGGAGGCCUAAUUGUAGCAGUGGAAUCCCUUCCGGACAAGCCCAUAGAUAUUAUAAAGUAUUCAACUGAUGAAGGGCAGUGCUGGAAGCAUUAUAACUUCACCAAUGAGACAUUUAUGUUUGUGGGGCUUGUAUCAGAACCAGGAACCAAGUCGAUGAAUGUCAGCCUCUGGGGAUACAAACACGAAAGCAUUUAUACAACAACUUGGCUUUCAAUAACGAUUGACUUUGAGGAGCUUCUAACCAGAGACUGUGAAGAGAAAGAUUAUGUCAGGUGGUUAGCGCAUUCUACAGCAGCCGGUGCAGAAACUGAUGGCUGCAUUUUGGGAUACAAAGAAACAUUUCAGAGGCUUACAAAGGCCUCCGUUUGCAGAAAUGGAAGGGAUUAUAUCGUCACCAAAGAACAAAGCUUCUGCCCAUGUACUCUGAAUGAUUAUAUGUGUGAUUUUGGAUAUUACCGUGAAGGAAAUAGUGAUGAAUGUAAAGAACAGCCAGAUUUAAAGAAUCGUGUACUGGAAUUCUGCUUACAAGGGAAAGAGGAGCUGCUGAAAACACAAGGGUAUCGAAAAGUUCCAGGAGAUAAAUGUGAAGGUGGUUUCAUGCCCAAUCGAUCAGAACAAAUGACAAACACGAGAUGUGAACAAAUUUUGUCAGUGAAAGAUCCCAUGCCCAAAAUUACUAUAUUCAUCAUUGUUUUAAGUGUUUUGGGAGCAUCGGUGCUGAUGAUAGCAGCCAUUGUCCUUAUAUUCAAGAAAUAUGUGUGUGGAGGAAGGGCCUUGGUCUAUCGUUAUUCUGUUCUGCAAACCAAUACCGAUGAAGUCUGUAUUGCUGAGAGCUUGGAUAGCAACAGAUCAAACACUGAAAGAACUUACCAUGAUGACUCUGAUGUGGAUCUUCUUGAUUAAGGCUGCACUUGGUCUAAAUGGUAUCGUAGCCAUUAUUUGCCAACCUAAAUCUGAAAAUGGACUUUGCCUCAAUAAGUCAUCAGUUUGUAAAGAGAACAUUGCCAGGUGCCCUUGACAAUGCUUUCUUCCUGCUAGUCAGCUUCCCUACAUCAUCAUUCCAUUUUGCAAGCAAGAUAUUUUGUGCCGCUGCUAAUAAAGAGUGAAAAUUUAA